AUGCCGCCGCCCACUUCUCUGCCCACACCCGCUGCCACAGCGCCUGUUCUGUCCAUCUCCGCCGCCUGCCGCUCGCUCGUCGACGACGACCUGCGCCCCGCCUCGCCUCCACGCGGCCCAACCGCGCUGCACCUGGCCUCACCCGCUGCAGCCCCGAUCCGGCGCCCCGCUGCCACCUACACACCGCCGCGGCGGCCGCUACCCAGCACCGCGCCCGUCCUGUACAUCACCGCCGUUUCCCCCUGCUGCCCCUUGCUCGACGCACCUCCCCACGGCCGCUUCUCCAUCGGCCACAGCCAGCGCGCUGCCCCUUCUCCCCCCGCCCCGCUUCAAUCCCUCAGCUCCGCCCCGCCUCUGUAG